UGACACAGUUAAGGUCUGCCAGUUGGAUCAGAUUACACGGGCAUACAAAGAAGUAGAAGAAAAAAGAAAUCCAUUAAAUCAAAGUGAGUAGAAUUUCUCGGGCUGACCUGCUGAAUUCAGUCCAGAAAUGUCACAUUGAGGCAACACAAAGAGUAGAGAGGAGGGAGGCACUGCCAGCAGGAUCAAACUUCCCUCCCAUCAGCAGCAACAGCAGCAGCGUGCUGUGCUGUGCUGUGCUGUGAGUGUAUAUGUGUGCGUGCGUGCGUGCGGUCAAUCCUUGUGCAAAUGCGCAGUGAGAGAGACCUCCCCGGUCCACACUGCUUCAGUGUUUUGGAGCCUAACCUGUGGGUCGAUGCACCGCUGUGAAAAGCAUGAAAAGUGGGAUCCAGCAGUUCAGAGGACGAGUGAGAGGAAGGUGCGCACCAACGAGCUGAAACCUCAGGGCCGUCCAUAGGGAACCAUGUGCAGCUCCCUGAGCCCCAAACAGCCCAGUGGCCCUGGCCUCACAGACAUGCAACAGUAUCACCAGUGGCUGGCCAGUCGGCACGAAGCCAGCCUGCUGCCCAUGAAGGAGGACCUCGCCCUGUGGCUCACUAAUAUUCUCGGUCUGGAAAUCACCGCUGAGAGCUUCAUGGAUCGCUUAGACAAUGGCUUCCUGUUGUGCCAGCUGGCUGAGACGCUACAGGAGAAGUUCAGGCAAAGUAAUGGGGACCUGCCUGCCCUUGGCAACAGUAAGCGGAGUGUUCCCUAUCGGAGGAUACCAUGUCGGCAGAGCGCUCCCUCCGGCUCUUUCUUUGCCCGGGACAACACAGCUAACUUCCUGACCUGGUGUCGUGAGGUUGGAGUUGGAGAAACAUGUCUGUUUGAGUCAGAGGAUUUAGUUCUUCACAAGCAGCCACGAGAAGUGUGCCUCUGUUUGUUAGAGCUGGGACGGAUAGCGUCACGGUACAAUGUGGAGCCUCCUGGCCUUAUAAAACUGGAGAAAGAGAUCGAACAAGAAGAGAAAGCACCUCUACCUCCUAUAUCACCUGUAUCUCCAGCUCAGCCCCUCCCUCCAUCUCCUGCUUCGUCUCCUUCCCCAUCUCCCACCCCAUCCCCAACUCCUCCCAAAGUGACUUCCAGCAAGAAAAGUACAGGGAAGCUGUUGGAUGACGCUGUGAGACAUAUCGCUGAUGACCCCCCCUGCAGGUGUCCCAAUAAAUUCUGCGUAGAGAGACAAUCGCAGGGUCGAUACCGUGUUGGGGAGAAGAUGCUCUUUAUCCGGCAUAUGGCAGUAUGUUGAUACUUGGGGCUGGCUCUGGGAUGAAAGUCAUCCAUUGUGUCUGAAGAGCCCGCCUUCGCUGGGAGGUCUCAUUUACUGGUAAUGGUAUUCCGACAAUGUCCAUCCUCAGCCAAACAUAAUGUGGCUCACUGGCUAUAAAGGGGGAAAUAAAAGCCACACAUUUCCAUAUGAUCUGAUGACCGAGUUAUUACUAGGAAAAUAUUUAUAAGCUGUAUCGCCUGAUACUGGCUGUUGCUUUUAAUUACAUCUUAUAAUCACAGUGAAUCUAUCAGCCCAGGAAAUGUUACUCGACUUUGGAGUGGGGGGAUGAAAAGGGUAUUGCAGAGAGAUGAAUGAAGGACUAACACGGAUUAGAGAAGUCGCAUAGGUCCUCGUGGGAUCUUGGUUACUUGGCAACCUGCAACCAGGAUUCACACCUUUAAGAAUGUGAUUCAUGCCGAUGGUAUGUUUAGGAUGUGCAGACGUGCAAACGGGAGUUUACUCUUGGAUGUCCUCUGCUGUCAGCACAUUAUAUUGCAGCUGCUAAUGUUAAAUUUCAACCAAACCAAAUUUCAGUCGCUGUGAGAUUUGGAUGAACGAAGCUGUUUUGAAAUAUUAGUGAGGAUAACAAGACUCUAAUUUGUAAGAUAAAAGUAUUUCCUGCUAGACUAACAUGAUAAACUUUGUAAUUCUGAAUAUUUAUCAUUAUUUGUGCCUUUUUAAUAACUGAACGCUUCAGUCUUUAUUGUGUUGCUGAGCAACCAAGGACAAAUGGUGAGAAGCUCACAGUGCUGGUCCAGUGCAGUCUGUUGUACAGUGUGUAGGCUACACUACUUUAGCAUGUCAAGUCAGUUUUAUUUAUAUAGAACAAAAUCACAAAUGCUAUGAAGCUAUAAAGGGCUGUACACCCUCCAUUUCAGACAAGGAAAAAACUUGAUAUGACCCUAAAUUAGAAACCCCCCCCAAAAAAGGGAGGAAACAUAAAGAGGAGCGGCAGAUUAGGGACAGACACGCAAUAAAUGUCAUAUGCAGAGAAUUAUGUGUAUUACCAGAUGUCAUCACAUGUACAUACAUCAUUUGAUCAAGCCUAAGCAAGUGUUAAACCUCCAUUCCUCUGUCUCCCAGCCAGCACUCUUCAUGGAGAAGAUUCUUUAAUUAAAAUUCCUCAAAUCGUUUUACCCUCCCUCCAGCAGCUGCUUCCACUGAAAAGCCAUGAAUACACGAAGGCCAGUCACCAUCUGUAGGCAGCCGCAGAGUGAGGACAACAGUGGCAUGCAGCACAACUGAGACUCUCCUUCACAAUAAUCUGAACAGCCUGAGAGGCUGACCUUCUCAGGUCCUGGAAUAAAUGGUGGUUGUAGCAUCAACAAGGGGGCAGAGUAACGUCUCAGUGUUUGUCAAAAGUGCCUGUCCCAGCUCAGCCCGCGGGCCUCUGCACUUCCCUGGGUUUGCUGAGGAGAGACUCGGCUCCAGCAAGGGCCCUCAUCCCAGAGCAGCGUGAUUGAAACCGCUCUGCGCCGCACAGGUCCAUUAAAUCCACAGUCACAAAGCCUGAAGGCCUGGUCCUGGUGAUUGGAAGCACUGCCCCCACCACUGCCCUGUAGAUUGAUUCUUUUAAGAGGCUUAUAAAUGUUGCAUGUUAUGGUGCUGGAGGGCAGGACGCCUCAUAUCUGGCCAGAGUGAGGUGGAGGUGACAAUCUCAUGAAGUAGUUUACCCCUUUUAUCAGAUGAUUCAGUUUGGUAUUUGUCUGAAUCAUCAUCCUACUGAUUGUGUUUUUAAAGACAAAUACAACAUCCUAGCAUCCUUUAUAAUAACCUCUUUAUGUACUCUGCUUCUAGGAAAGGUGUUCGGUAAACAAGCUUGUUUUAGUAGAGGUGUAAUGAUGUGUUAAUGAGGUAGGGGGUGAUAAGGCUCCACAGUGAGGUGGACAUGUUUUAUGUGCACGGCCUCUGGGGAAUGCAAGCGUCUGAGCAUCCAAUAUACCAGAGCCUUUUAUUUCUUCUUCUCUUUAUUAUAACGGCUGAUGUUGCCAUGGCAGCCAACCUUGAGAAUGUGCCCUGGUGCGGCAGGUGGCAUCAUCAUGAAGCAAAUAUGGCAGAUUUAACAAUGAAAAAAAAUACUGCAUAUAAUUCCUUAGUUAAGCAGAGCGCAGCAUUUCAUUUUUGGGCUUUUUAGUGAUGAAAUUGCCAUUGGCUGAGUGUUAUUUCAAUAACUACUGGCUGGACUGUCAUAACAUUUUGUAGAGACAUUCAUGGUUCCCAGAUGAACCCUCCUGAUUUAGACAUUUUUGUUUCUCAGUCAAAAGUCUUCAUUCACUCACACAUAAUGACUUUGGCAAUCCCCUGACUUUGUUUCCAGCACUACCAUGAGAACUUCUGGAUGUAUUGCCAUAACAUUUGGUACAAACAUUCACAUCCCUCUCAGGAUGAACUAGAAUAAAUUUGUUGAUUCAUUAAUCUCACCAUCAUCAGAUCAGAUCAUUGUUUAUUAUGUAAUUCCAGAUAUCAGUGAUAUCUGAGGUCUCGUGUUUGUCAGUAGCCUGCUCAACAAGGCAUUAGGCCAGUGGGAGGUGGAGAAAGCCUCCCUCCAGGGACCCCGACCUCCAGGGACAUCAUCCAAUCCGAGGGCCUUCUCAUCAAUCAGCAAGCUUUGGCAUCAAAGCCACACUCAACUGUUGAUUCAACUUUAACCUAAAGCCUCAAUUAGGGAAAUGACAUAAGUCCUGCAGAGGAGAUGGCUCAGCUACAACAGUUUUAAAGCUCUCCUUUGACACACUCUGACAUCAGAAGAGACACUGUAAUCCUAUUUCUCC